UUAUUUUUGAAUAUUUGUAUAAUGUGUACAUUCAAUCGGAAAAAAUUGUGUUUGCCAACCAAUACGUGGUCCAAAGACAAAACAUUGUAGCUGGAUUUUAUAUCGUUAGACUUGGUUCCUCCUUGGUUCCUCCAAAGAUAAACAAGUUGUCUGAUAUACGAAUCUUAACCCUCCUGUCGCGAAGAGAUGGAGAUCUGAUGAAAUCCUAAUAUUUGAAAUUCAUUCUAUUCAGUCAUUUGAGUAGUGCUAUUCACUAAAGAGCACUCGCCGCGCCACUCCGUGCGCAAUGUAUUCAAACGGACCCGAUAUGCAACUCGAUCGACGUAUAACUAUACUGAAGCGAUCAACAAUAACAGAAACAGAAACAACCGUAGUGGAGCAAGGGCACCAGAAUGAGGCAGCUGCCGCCAUCCAAUCAUCGGAUGUGGCCUCUACCCACGAGAAUUUCGCACAAGGAUCCGAAAAUGUACACAUGAAAAAGAAUACUAUAAAUUUGGACAAAAAUGACAGUAAGCAGUAGGACAGUAUCCACGAUGAGGUCCGGAGGCGAUAGUCAGGGUUCCCAGGGUGCCACAGCACAGCAGCAACACACAAUGAUGCCUAAAACUACGGCUCCAUUGAAGGGUAUCCUCGUUAGGAGUGGCAACCAGAACCCAUAUCCACUGAAGAUUUUAAAUGCCGGUCCAACUGACUCACAGAGUUCUGUGCCACUGCAAUCGAAUCCAGAUGCCAAUAUACCAGUUUUGAAAAGAUGUGAAGACUUCGAUGGGAAUGGUUCGUCUGUUCUGAAUGUCGGUCCACAGCUAAGGACGAUUUUAAAAAGAUGUGGCAGCUCUAAUAAGAAACGAUCACCGAAAAAGACUCCAGAAGCCAGUCCGAGUCCGGGUCUGUCAAAGAAAUCUUCCGAACUGAUAAGGACUCCAAUUUUAACAAUAUGUGGUGGCUCUGAUGAGACUAAAACUGAGCGCAGUCCUUUGCCAAAGACGAAUCGAUUCCUCAUUCAAAUGUAUAUUUUGUGUAGCCGCGCCAACUGACUCUCAUCUUGUUCAAACUGUUUUGUACAACUGUCUUGAAGCUUCGAAACGCUCUGUACUACUAGUCCUAUUAUAUGUAUAUUUAUUUCCUA